CGUACCGAAUCAUAGAAUCAACUAGGUUGGAAAAGCCCUUUAAGAUCAUCAAGUUCAACCAUUAAAUACACGCCCCGGUGCUCCGGGCCGGCUGUGACCCGGAACGCGGUGGCCGGGCCGCGGGUGUCACCGAUAACAGGGUCCCCCAGCGGAGACCGCCGCGGGGUGGCACCGGGCGCUGCUGUCCGCCGGUGCCUGGUUGGGAGCCGGACAUGAGAGCUCAUCCCGGCCUGGAGGCGGCGGCGGGGGGCGGCGAGAUGGCGGCUCCGUGCGCAGAGCGGGAGCGGCAGGAGCGGCUGCGGGAGGCGGCGGCGCUGGGGGACGCGGCCGAGGUGCAGCGGCUGGUGGAGCUGGGGGUCAGCCCCAACGCGCAGAACGAAGUCAACGGCUGGACUUGUUUGCACUGGGCAUGUAAACGGAACCAUGCUCCGGUAGUGGCUUACCUGCUGCACGCUGGUGCUGACAAGGAGAUCCUCACAAAGAAAGGAGAAAGGCCAGCCCAGUUAACAUCAAAGAGAGAGAUAAGGAAGAUGUUGGGAGUGGAAGAGGAUGAACUGCCAGACUUAAAGAAAGAGUCAGAUCUGCCAAUCAUCCCUAAUUACCUGGCUAACCCACCUUUCCCUUAUGUUUAUAACACCAUGAGUAACAGUAUUCCAGAUCCCUCCAUGAAUGGGAGUGUCUCACACUUAGAACCACGAGAUACCGACUCUGCUUCCUUACCUGAUGUGGAGACUUACACGCAUGCACCGCUACACCAUGGGAAUGCUGCUCCCGAGGUGGCUGAUGCUGCAGGCACACCAUCACUGCCCCGCGGGUCUACUGUACCUCCGCACACAAAACCUGUCCGUCAGAGAGGUCCAGUGUACCAGGGAUCUGUGUCUUGGAGCAGAAGUGCCCCUUCACCAGCUGGAUCUAAUCAGUCUGUGCCUCAGCAAGAGAAUGGCUCCUGUAUGGGGCCUGUGCCAGCAUUUCAGCCUGUUUUCUUCACUGGAGCUUUCCCACUUAAUAUGCAAGAACUGGUGCUUAAAGUUAGAAUACAAAACCCUAAUCUCAGAGAAAAUGACUUCAUUGAAAUUGAACUGGACAGACAAGAACUGACCUAUAAGGAACUGCUCCGAGUGAGUUGCCGUGAGCUGGGCGUUAACCCUGAGCAUGUACAGAAGAUCAGAAAAUUACCAAAUACAAUGUUAAGAAAGGACAAAGAUGUGGCAAGGCUACAGGAUUUCCAAGAACUGGAGCUUGUUCUAACAGUAAGCGACAAAAACUUACUUUUCAGAGUCCCAACACUUUCUGAACGGAGUGGUUAUAACAAGAAGGCAUCAGAACUUACAUACUAAUUGUUUAAAGAAUAAAACAGAAGAUUUGUAGCUCUGAUUUUAAAAUGAGGUUUGAAAAAUAGUAUCUAUAAGGGCUAAUCAUGUAAAAAAAUCUAUUUUGUUAACCAUGGAAUGAAGUAAAAUUGUUAUGCACAGUUACAGCCUCUAGUUAAUCCAAGAGUAAUGAGUCUGAUGUAAAAGUAGCUUAAUGCAAAGGAAGUAUUGGUAGAACUAUCUGUUAAUGCAUCACUUUUCCUUACAAAAAGAUAAUCUUGAAAUACUGCAGAGUUAGCAGCUCUCAGGGAAAGGCUUACCUUAAGCUGUUCUAAUAAUUUGUUUGCUAUAAAAUAGCAGAGGUACUCAAGCUAAAGAACCUGCCAUGAAACCCAUUUAAUAUUCGUACUGAGUCCAUUACCAUUAACAUUCACUGUUUGGAUUAUGCAUUUCAAUUCAUAUCUUAGAAGGAAAAAAGCAGAAGGGUUUGAAUCUUGUGGAAGAAGCACAAAUUUAUGUCUACUUUAAAUACUAUCAAGUGACUUAUUACCUUACAAGUAAUCACUUACAAGUGAUUUCUUAAUCCCUGUUUACACUUUUCCCUAUUUCUCAGGUUGAAAAUAAAAAGUGAUAGCAUUUAUCCAAAUCAUAAAUAUGCUCUCAACCAAAAUCCCUUUUACUGUCAGUAAACAGUACUGACAUGUGCAGUUUAAAAUACUGGUUUUCUUACUGUGUUGACAUCGCAUUUCUCUGACGCUGCUUUAAUUCCCCCUUUUGAAAGCACAAAAAUUGUAUUUUCCUUUUACCUUUUACAUUCCUGAGAAAGGUCGCAUCUUGAACAUUUAAAGUUGCCUGUGUAAAAAGAAACUAGUUAUGCCCAGGGUUUUCUGGGCUGAUACUAAAUCUUGAUGUUCCUAUGCAAUGUACUUUAUUUUCCCACCAAUGACUUAUGUUUACCCAUAUUGUUUACUGAAAAAGAAUUACUUUUCCUGUUCCUGGUACUUAAAAUGCAGAAUUAGACUACUUUGCUAUGAAAUUCUGUAAUAAACAAAUUGAAAAGUAUUUAAGA